AUGAAUAAUCAAAAAACAACACCAGAAAUUGGAAUUCAAAUGCCAUCAACAAGAAUGAGUGAUCCACUUACUUCAGCUAAUGGAAAUUGCAAAAAUCUUGGUCGAAAAACCGAUAUGAUUCAUACGACUCUUCGGUUCUUUUGUUUGUUUGCAUCCGUAAUGUCUCUUGCAUUCAUGAUUAGAGCUGAAGAGAAAACUACUAUUACUAUCUAUGGUUUUCAUCUGCCUGUUUAUUGCAAAUGGUCCUUUGCUGAUUCCUUCGAGUACUUGGUGGGGAUAGCUGCAGCAGUUGUUGCUCAUUCACUGCUACAAUUGCUGCUUAGUGUGCUGAAAUUGAUCAAGAAAACACCGAUUAUUCCUUCGCGUAAUCACGCUUGGUUAAUUUUUGCUGGAGAUCAGAUAUUCGCAUAUGCAAUGAUGAGUGCAGGAUCAGCUGCAUCUGGAGUUACUAACCUAAACCGGACAGGAAUCCGACACUCAGCUCUCCCAGAUUUCUGUAAACCCUUGCAUGUUUUCUGUGACCGUAUUGCCGUCUCAAUAUCGUUUGCAUUCCUUAGCUUCUUCUUGCUUGCAGCAUCCGCUGUUUUUGAUGUCAUUUGGCUCUCCAAGUACUGAACUUCUCAGCAAACCUUGCGGCACCUGAUGUUGUUGUCCUCCAAUUUUUAGUUAAUUUUCUUAGCAGAGUUAUAAAUAUAGGUUGUACCCGCUCUUUUAACUGUAUUAGGUUCAUUUUACCAAAUUUGAGUUUCUUUGUAGCUGCAGCAUUUUAAGUUUCAGAAUAUGAGCUCUAUUCAUUUGAUAUUUCGUUUUUUUCACAAUGACACCUCAAAUGCAA